AUGGCGGACGGGUAGCUGAAGUUUCGAAGACAGCCACAAGCAAUAGAUUUGUCUGUGUAUCAGCUGAUUUCUGACACUUUCAGUUCUAAAAUGACGAAUGUAAGAAUGAUACCUUAUUCAUCAGCUGUUUCUGAACUUUGAUUCAGAAUAUGUUGAGUUUGAAGACCAACAAAGUUCAGUCUAUUAGCUCUGUGAGUUUAGCUGGACUUCCCACAGAUAGGCGGAUCCCUUCUAACACCAAUCACCGCCGCACAUCAAAAGGAUCAUUGUCUGGUUCACUGGCAGGAUUUGAACAAUUGGAGAAAAGCAAGAAGUCAUGGAUUGCUAAACAUUUUAAAGGUCGAGAGUGCAUCAAAAUUGUGAAAGAUGCAAAGAAGACUCGCUCAGAAGAGAAUCCUAUGUGUAUGUGUGGUAGAACUAGGCAGCAACACGAUCUAAAUGUGACCAGAGAAUACAAUGGUAAUCAAUGGACCCCAGAAAGCUGCACACGGCAAAUGCCCACUGAUGCAUACGGAGAGAUCGACUUCGUUGGGACAGGCAGUCAGAAUAAACGUUCUCCAUACGUCCGCGUGUCACAUGACACUGAUGUUCAGCUCAUCCUAAAGUUGAUGCUUGAGAGAUGGGAUCUUGAAAUCCCCAAUCUGGUUAUUUCUGUGACGGGGGGUGCCAAGAGUUUCGUUCUCAAACCCAGGUUAAAAGAAGUGUUCAGAAGAGGUCUGAUCAAAGCAGCGAAGUCGACGAGUGCUUGGAUUAUAACAGGUGGAACCAAUGCUGGUGUUAUGAAGCAUGUGGGUGAAGCCGUGAAGGAACAAGAAAUCACAUUUGGUAGCGAGGACAAAGUUAAUGUUAUUGGCAUCGCUACUUGGGGCAUUGUGGACAGAAAAGAUUCUUUAAAAGCGUCUAAGGGCACAAAUGGACUAUAUCCGGCCCACUACCGAAUGGAACAGGUCCCAGGCUCCAGUGGGGCUUUGCUUGAUUCAAAUCACUCGCACUUCCUGUUGGUGGAUAAUGGGACAGAAGGAAAGUACGGUGUGGAAAUUAAUCUGCGCUCUAGAUUUGAGGAAGCUGUAAUGAAGGUCAAAACAGACUCCAGGUCUGCUGCAGGUGCCAUUGGUGUCCCUGUGGUCUUGUUAGUUCUGGAAGGUGGACCAAACACUGUUCGUACAAUGUGCGAGUUGAUCAAGAAGAAAAUCCCAGCUGUUGUGAUUGAUGGAAGUGGUCGUGCAGCAGAUGUGGUGGCGUAUGCGUACAGUCACACCAUUAAAAGUGAAGAGAAAUUUAUCAUCGAUCCCCUGUAUGAAAACAAGAUACGAGCUAAGGUGGCGGAAGUGUUUCCAUUUAUGAAGGAACAAGAAGUCAAAGAACAUUACAAGAUGAUUGAAGAAGUACUUGAAGACGAUAAGAUGAUCUCUAUUUACCGACUGGAUCACGAGACCAACAUAUCUCAAGACAUUGAUCUUGCAAUUUUAAAAGCCCUCUUAAAAGCCAACAGUUCCGCUCCUUUGAUGCAGCUAAAUUUAGCUCUGGCCUGGAAUCGGAUUGAUGUUGCCAAAAGUGAGAUUUUCACCGAUGACAAACGUUGGACGACGGAGGGACUGACCGAUCCUAUGCUGGCCGCUUUGCUCGAUGAUAAGCCGGGAUUUGUAGAACUGUUCCUGCAGAAUGGCCUCAGUAUGAUGGAAUUCCUUACACCGCAGAUAUUAUGUCAGUUGUAUGCUGGGGUCCCAAGCAACAGCGUCAUAAAGCCUCUGGUUCAAAAAGAAAUGAAUAAAAAGAGUAUUACAGCCUUAAACCUGAGUGUUGUUGGCGAGGUGAUAGAAAACUUGAUGGGCGAUUCUUAUCAUUGCCUUUACCUUCGGGACCCACGUUAUAUGACUUCACUUCAUGAAGAAAGGGGGAAAAGUCACAAAAUCAGCCAGCCAGCUAUUGUGUGCAAUCCUCUUCACAGAAUCGACCCACUGAGGACACCGUAUCGUGACGUAUUUAUCUGGGCGGUGCUUAGUAACCGCAAAGAUAUGGCUAAGCUCAUGUGGAGCAUGGGCCGAGAACAGAUCGCAACCGCGCUCAUGGCAACGCGUCUUCUGAAAUCCAUGGCGGAAAAGGCGCGUGCUGAUGAUACCAUCACUGACAUCAGCGCAGAGCUGCUGGAGGUUGCGAAUGAUUUUGAACAACACGCCAUAGGCGUACUUCAAGAAUGUUACGAAGAGAACGAAACUCUCUCCCAGACCCUGCUGGUUAAAGAACUGGAUAAUUUUGGUAAUCUGACAGCGCUUGAUCUGGCUGUCAUUGCCGAAGAUCAGAAUUUCAUUGCACAUACAAGCUGUCAAGUGCUACUCACCCGACUCUGGAUGGGAGCGAUGGCCAUGAACACUAAGUGGUGGAAGAUCAUUCUUUGAACGUUCUGUCCGUUCCUGAUUUUCCCGCUGAUUUACUUUGUCCCGGAUGAGCAGCACGAAAGGGAGGCCGCAGCUCGUCUGUCGCAGAAGGGAUUGUACACCAAGAGUAUGAAGAAUGUGAGGAGAUCCAGUAUAACAGAAGAAACAGUCGAGCUACAAAAGGUUGAAACUGUCAGAAACGGAAAUCCCAAAAUCAACAUCGACGAAGAAUCUAAAGUAGGAGAAGGGGAAGAUACAGGGGAAGACAUUGUUCAAGAGAUAGUGGAAUAUAUUCCAGAGCUUCAAGAAGAUCAUUCUAUGGAACAUAUGAUGCGAUCGAAAGACAUGACUGUUUAUGACAGAAUCACAUCUUUCUAUUCUGCACCGUUCACCAAGUUUAUGGGGAAUUUGGUGUCUUACGUAGCCUUCAUAUUCCUCUAUGGUUACGUCAUCACUAUGUACUUCCCGCCUUUUGACUCGUCCAAGACUUUCGGGGGAUUAAGUGUGGUGGAAUUCAUUCUUUACUUCUGGAUCUUUACUAUCAUAAUGGAAGAAAUUAGACAGCUAGCGGCUCAACAACCGAAAACUUUUGGUGACAAGCUCAGAGUUUAUUUCAGCGACACCUGGAAUCGCGUCGACACAUUCGCGCUCCUGGCUUUUGUGGUGGCAGCUUGUUUGCGUUUUUUCGAUUCAACCUAUGAAGCUGCUCGGAUCACUCUUUCGCUGAAUAUCAUAGUGUUUAUCGUGCGUUCCCUUCAGAUCGUGUCUGUCAACAGACAGCUCGGUCCUAAACUUGUCAUGAUUAGGAAAAUGCUUGAGGAUCUGAAGCAGUUUGUAAUAAUUUUGGCCAUAUUUAUUAUCGCCUAUGGAAUCGCACUGCAAGCGGUGACAUUCCCAGGCCCCGGACCGUUCUCAAAGACCUGGGAUCAGGUGAUCCGUGGAAUACUGGACUUACCUUACUGGCAGAUGUAUGGAGAACUCUUUCUCGAAGAAAUUUCAGGUCAAAAGCCAGCAGAGUAUUUCGAGGUUCAUCCCACUGCUAAAUGGUUAUCACCAGCACUCUUAGCUGGCUACAUGUUGUUCACGAAUGUUCUUCUACUUAAUCUUCUCAUCGCCAUUUUCAGUUAUACCUUCGAGAGAGUGCAAGAAGAUUCAGACAAAGUAUGGAAGUUCCAGCGAUAUGAACUGAUCGCAGAAUAUCACGGAAGACCGCUGAUCUUCCCUCCUUUGAUCUUCAUCUCUCACGUCUUGAUAUUCAUCAGGUGGAUAUGGCGGCUGUGCCGCUGUGGAAAUCCUCCCGCGGUCAGCUCUAUGAAAAUUAAAUUAAGUGAUUACGAGAAGGAACAACUUGAGAACUGGGAGUUUCAAGGAGCGGAGUAUUUCCUUCACACGAAACGAACAGAGGAGAAAAACACAUUGGAAAAAAGAGUCUGUACACUAGGGGACAGGGUAAAUGACGCAACUGUCAAGCUUGACCGUAUAAUGGAAAGUGUGCUGGACACAAGUACAGUGGACUCUGAGGGCGCUCCCGGAGUUGCUCAGCCAAAUUUGGAUUUUAGACCACCUACGCGUGACACUGGUGCUUUAGAGCGGAGACUGGCACGAAUGGAGGGCAACGUGGCAUCGAUAUUAGAAACGAUGGAGACGUUGGUGGAUUUGGUUCAUAAUCAAAAGGUCCAGACGUCCUUCGUGCCGUCAUCACAACCUGCGCCCGCCAACAUUCUUGAUCUUCGUCCUGUAGCUCCAGCGUUCAUCCAUGAUAAGGCACGCGCAACACCCUACCCGGUAUCCACUGUGAAGAGAUUUCAGGUUCCGGAUGACAAAGUGCUCUGGGAAGUGGACUUCCCAGAUUACAGUCCCGUAAAUUAUACCGCCCCCGUUGUUCUGAAGAAACCUUCGUGGGCUGAUGACGACUUAAUGAGCAUGCAUCCCUCAGCUCGUCCACCGCUGGCCUACAACAGGCUCGACGAUGAAUACAAAGUAAACCGUGCUAGUCACAUGGGAUCCUACCGAGUGAAAGACGGACUACCGCUUAAUCCUAUGGGCCGCACCGGCAUCACAGGAAGAGGACUCCUGGGACGAUUCGGUCCCAAUCACGCCGCUGAUCCUAUUGUCACACGGUGGAAGCGAACCAGUGGCGGUGUCUUGUUAGACGGAGGGAAAAAAGUUCUUGAGUUUGUUGCAAUUCAAAGGAAGGACAAUAGUCAGUGGGCAAUACCAGGGGGUAUGGUCGAACCGGGGCAAGUCGUGACUCAGGUUCUAAAGGCGGAGUUUGGAGAAGAGGCUAUGGCAAAGCUCAGUGUUACAGACGCGGAAAGAGAGAAAAUCAGCCGGCAAAUCGACAGACUCUUUCAUAACGGAGUUGAGGUGUAUAAAGGUUACGUUGAUGAUCCCAGAAACACGGACAACGCUUGGAUGGAGACAGUGGCCGUCAAUUUCCACGACGACACUGGAGAAAUAUUCAGCGAAUUCAAGUUACAAGCCGGAGACGAUGCGGCCGCAGUGCGGUGGCAGAGAGUCAGCGGCAAUAUUCCUCUUUUUGCAAGUCACGUGUCUAUACUGGAAAAAGUCUCCAAAAUGAGAAACGCUGCAUUUUAAAAUCAAACGCCAAAGGGUAAAAAAAGGGCUUAGUUUUGAGGUUUCCUUUCACACUUGGGUGAAAGAGGUUAUUUAUUCGUCAUGUAUUUUGUGAAUGGUAGUUGGACCUAUAAAGUAUUUGUAAUAGUUUCCUACAGCAUCACUACUCAAGACAAUUCUCAAUGUUUGGCUGUAAUUGUAAAGCAAUCUAGUUCCUGAUCAAAUUGUCACAAACCUUAGAAGGGCAAGAAGCCAAUUUUCUGUUUAUUGACAAAUUGAAUUGAAAAGAGGUUAAUUUCCAAACACACUCUUUUUUCAUGAAUUUCAAUUAUGUAUUCGGUCUUACAAAAUGUAGGUUCACUUUAAUUUAUUUUUGUAUGAAAUGCAUUCACCAGUGAGUGUUCUUGGAUAAAUUAUUCAAUUUUUCUUUCCAACACACAAUUUUAAAAGUAUUUCUCAGUCUUUUCUCCAUCCUUCUCUUGACCAAAUUUACUCACUUCCUAAGAUAAACCUGUCUUGAUCGUAAGGGGGUUCAAGUAGUGUGUGUGUGUGUGUGUGGAGGGGGGGGAGAAGAAGAAGAAGAAGGAGGGACAGUGAGUCCUCAGUACUUGGCCCUCCUGUUGGUUGGACUUCUCACUAAUUGUUAACAUUUUGUAAAUAAAUGUUCUUACUGAAGUGUACUGAAUAAAAACCCAACUUUAGUAUUUCA